UAUGCUUUCAAAACAUAUAAAUGGAACAUUAAACCAAUGGGAGAUUAGUUUUGCUGAAACUUCAAAGUUUCAAACGGUGCUGAGCGUGUCGCAUAAAUCACGCUGUUGUGGACAUCGUUUCCGCUUGAAUGACCUGCAGUGUCAUCCUAUACUACCACUUUUAUUAACCACUUCACAUCACAAUCUGCCACAGGUGGAAGUAGAUCCUGAGAUCAUGCAGGGUCACACCAGACGUGGCUCCGUAACAGCUCGGAGAACCUCCUUAAUGAGAAGAUCUAGCUCGAUUAGUCUCUUUGGUAAAAGUAUACUCUCAGAGUCUGAACAUGUAAGGCUAUCAGCUCUUUACAACUCUACUUUAGAGGGAGCUAGCCGUGAUAACUUUGAUAGUGAUGAAGUGGUUGUCCCAGAUGCUCUGAUGGAGAAACUUAACAGCGAAAUGAACUGGCCUGAUAUGAGUGCUCCGACCGGUUUGUGCAGCGAACUGAUUCUAUGGCGAGUCUUCCCUGUCGGACCGCUAUCAAAAUCUGGUGGUGUAAUGGAGUUAGCACGUAUUAACUCGCCAUUCUUGAAUGCCUUUUCUCACGUUGCUUGGCUUCCCUGUCUUCUACCAAGUUCCUGUCUUGGUCUUUCAUCAAAUUCUCCUAGUGCUUGUUUUGUGGCAUCAGAUGGAUAUACGCUACGUGUUUUUCAAGCUGUUAUAGAUGCCAGGACACUUUUAGCAGAGGUUUCUCCAAAUAGUGAUCAGUUUGAGGGUUACCUAAGCAGUAGUUCACCACUCAGCACAGUGCUAAAUCCUGACUUAGCCAAGAAUGCUGAAGGUUUGAAUGUAAUUAGCUUGCAAUCAACUGCAAGACCUGGCUGUGUCAUUGAACUUGAGAAACUUAAUAAUGCAAAGCAGAAUUGGCAGAAUGUCCAAUUGAUGCAUGCCUUCCAGCACCAGUUCAUCUUUGGCAACCAGACACAAGAUUUCACAGCCAGUACCAGCCUUCCACAACCCAAUCAGUUUGAAGAACAAUUUUUUCUAGUUGUCAUGGAGAGGAAGGUGUCUGGAGUGUCAGUCAUACACAUGUGGUACAUCCACCUCAGUACUGAAGUUAUGAAGAAUACAGUUCCUCGAGGAAAUACAUUUGAAGAUGAUGAUGAUGACGACAUUCCUGUAGUUGAUUCCUCCUCUGACUCUUCAAGAGGCAAUAGCCCAACGAAUUUCAAAACAAUACCACCAGGGCAGCAGACCUCCACAAGGAUGAAGAUUUAUUCUCGUAAAGUUUGCAGUCAGAGACUAGAACUUCCAGCUGGCAUCGAGGUGAUCAGCGCAGCACCUGCAGCAGGCCAUCUCAGUUCCUCAUCAAUUUACCCCUCCUGUUCUGCUCCUUACCUGUUCUCCACUGCAUGCUCUGAUGGAAAGGUACGUUUCUGGAAGUGUGAUGUUCAGGAAGAAGGUGACCUAGACCAGAGGUUCUAUGAGGAUUCAGAUUUGGGAAAAGAGAUGCAUUCUGAUACCAAAAACAGUAACCCAUUUGUGAGUGCUUUUUACCAGUGGACAGAAUGGGUCUUAGAAGCAGAAGAUAAGGUAGACAGCUCAGUAGUUAUUCAAGGAAAACCACUGACUGUUAGCUGUGCUUACAACGGCCGCAUUGGUUGCGCUUAUGAAAUGAAGAACUCUGACAAAAAACUGGCAGUGGUGAUCUAUGAAUCGGAAUCAACUGGUGGUUCUGAGUGGCUGAAAGAGGACACACUCUAUCUGAGUGAUGUCUCAACUCCAGAUCCACAACCCAACUCUGAUAUAUUAACAGAGGAGAACAUUAGCUAUAAAACCAUGAAAAGGAGUUCCAAGGUUAAUGAUUUUGUUGAACUUGAUAAUGAUUUUGGUCUGAUUGGGCCCAGUUUGAGGCCUCGCAAAGCUCAAGCUAGGUCCAAACACUCUAAAGCUAUUUCUAUACAACUUGCUUGGGUUUCAAAGGAGGAUGGUUCACAUAUGCUUACAGUUGGUGUUGGUGGAAAGAUGUUGAUCUAUGCAAAAUCCUUUGGAGAUGUUCCAGAUGAUCAAGAUGUUCGACGGUUUCGAAGUUACUCUGGGGAUCCAAGUCACCUUCCUGUCAAGCAGAACAUCAGUCCUUCUCUUCUACACAAAAGUAUGGUAAAACCGAAAUGGCAACUUUUGAGAACAGUAGGCCUCUCAUCAGUUGAUGGCCUUCCACCACUUUCUAAAAUGCUGGCUUGGGUCAGAGCCGGAAUCCUUGUUGUCGGGCUAGAAAAUGAAAUGCAUGUCUAUUCGCAAUGGAAGAGUGAAGAUAAAAUUAAGAAAGUAGAAGAAGAUAAAUCUGGAAUGCUUUCAAAGAACCCCAGUAAUUCCCUCGGUAUGAAUCUGUCUGUUAAUAUCCAGACACUACCAAUGAGCAAGACAGACCGAGAAAAGUCUUAUGCAGACAUGACAGAACUAGCCAAUGAUGAUUCAAAAGUAGGCACAGAUGCAGAAGAAGAUAAAGAAGCAGUGUCUUAUGAUUGUGGUUUGUUCGAGACAGCGUACAAUGCUUCACCAGUCCUCCCCCAGUACCAUCCAAAACAGUUAAUGGAACUGUUAAAUUGCGGUAAGAUCAGACGUGUAAAAGCAAUUCUGGCACAUCUUGUUAGGUGCAUUGCUGGGGAGAGUGCAUUACGCAAAGCUUUGAUGCAAGGCGACGAUGGAGACACUGAGAAACAGUCCAGCAAAUUGAUGAGGCAAGUUUCUCUUGGAACAAGUCCAACAGAACCGGUUAGGCUAGAAGAUGAACGAAUGAGGCUCGACUACAUAGAAAUCAAUGCUAUCCCGCCACUACCAUUGUACGCUCUAAUUGCCGUAGACAGCACAGAUUCCACCCAGACUUCUAAAACAAAACGAGAAUCAACAAUUGGUGUAGAAACCAUGCCAAAAUCAGAAGACUCAACAGAUUACUCUGAUCUCUUCUCCACACCGACACUUGAUGAAUACGACCAUUCAAACUGGGAGGGCACUCACAAUCGAGAUCGGGCAAACGACAUCUCAGCAAAGAUGCGCGAUCCUUCGCAUUUUGAGAUUGCUCAGGCUAGGCUAUUGACCAAUCACCUUACACAUACUCAUCUUCCACGGUUAACUAGCCUGGAUCAGAUGCACCUGUUGGCUCUGGCAGAUACUGUAGCUUCAGUGAAGACAGAGAUGACAGUUGGCAGUACUGCAAGUGCAGCAAUUGGCAAAGAAGGAGCAGGAUAUGCCAGCAAAGGCAAUGCAGACUCAACUCAUGCUGGAGAAACCCUUGAUGAAUGCGGUGUCCGCUUUCUAUUAGCUAUGCGAUUCCAUACAUGUCUUCUGAAGUCUCUGCCACUUAGACAACAGAUUAGCUUGAAGCGCCAGGGCCUAGCUACAUGUCACUAUGCAUGGGCUUUCCAUUCUGAGGCUGAAGAGGAGCUCUUAGGCCUCAUUCCAGGCAUGCAGAAAGGAGAGCCUACUUGGGAUGAACUGAGAGCCAUGGGGCUGGCAUGGUGGGUCAGGAGUAAUGUGACAUUACGCCGUACCAUAGAAAAGGUUGCUAAGUCACAGUUCCAGGCCAAAAAGGACCCAUUAGAUGCAGCCCUAUUCUACCUAGCAAUGAAGAAAAAAACUGUUGUUUGGGGUUUGUACAGGUCCGUCAAAGACGCCCGAAUGACUAGUUUCUUUGGUAAUGAUUUCUCUAAAGACAGGUGGCGUAAGGCUGCCCUCAAAAACGCUUAUGCCCUUCUCGGAAAACAGAGGUUCAACCAUGCAGCUGCAUUUUUUCUUCUUGCCGGUUCCUUAAAAGAUGCAAUAGAGGUCUGCUGUAAUAACUUAGGUGAUAUUCAAUUGGCCAUUGUGAUUGCUCGUCUGUAUGAAGACAAUAUGCAAGUUCCAUUAAGCUAUAAAAAAAUCUUGAUGGAGAGCGUAUUUGGAUGUGACUUGGAAAGAAAUCCUUUACCUAAAAAGACAGUCUGUCCAGACCCAUUCCUGCGCAGCAUUUCAUAUUGGGUUCUCAAAGAGUAUACGCUAGCCCUGGAAACACUGCUGCGGGAACCAGAAAGCAUGGUUUCAGACCAGCCGGCUGUGAAAGGUGAUCAUUACGACUCACCACAUGGCAAUCCAGAUGUCUUCAAUUUCUAUAACUAUUUGCGAACACACCCACUUCUGAUCAGACGCCAUUUGGCGGGGCAGGAUCGCCCAGCUGCUGGUGCUUCUGUGCUGAUCACAGGAUUUGGAAAGGGUGGUGGACAGGUUGCCAACCAAGGAGAUCAUGUCAUUGAAGAUGAGAUCACCCCAGAAGAGCGCAGGCUGUUUUUUGCCACAGCACAUGCACACUCUGAAGCAGGUUGCCCACUACUUGCCCUUGAAGUACUUACUAAACUACCGAAGGUCAAAGCCAAGUCAGAGGUGGUGGCUAAGGAAACAGAAUCGCUUGUGGAUUCUGGAAAUGAAUCGAUUAGUAAAGAGAUGAUUACUAGCGGUGUCUUUAGUGGAUUUGCAGAAAGUGAACUUAAACGUGAUGGCUCAAAAGACAGUGCUAUAGAAUUUGACUGGAGUCAACCAGUCACAAAUGCUCUUGAUAAAGGAGGGGGUUCUGCUAUAGACUGGGGUGCACCCACAGUCCCUGAAUUUGAAGAGGAAUUUGAUUUAAAGUGGGAUGAUGAAGAGGAUGAGGAUGAGGAAGAGGGUACAGAGGAAUCAAAAUCUACAGAACCAAAUAUAAAGAAUGAAACCAAAGAUGAAGAUGCAAAGAGCACCACUUCAGACGGAAGCACCGUCAGCGGUAGUCCAUCAGUUGAUAUCUUAGCCCAACAACAAAAGUUCAAAUCUUGUCUUAAGAUCAUGAUGGAAGAAUUGAGAACACUUGCAACAGGUUUUGAAGUUGAAGGAGGGCAGCUAAGAUACCAGCUUUAUCAGUGGCUUGAGAGGGAAGUGGAGAUACUGAAAUUAUUAUGCAAUUAUACUGGAGAUGGACUCAUGGUUGUUGACGAAGAGGCUGGUAUCUUAAGUGACGGUGAAGAUGAUCUUACAGACAGCUCACAAGCUCUUCAUGAGCUUAUCAGAGCUGAGAUGGUUGAUUUUGAAGCAAGGUUAAAAAGGGCAGAGAGACGUAAAUCAUGGCUUAAGAAAAACCACCAUCUUCUUAGGACUUUGUUUAGCUAUGCUACCCACUAUGGGUUGAAUGGUGGUGGAUUAACAUCCGUUUGUAUGGAACUGGUGCUUUUGAUGCAAGAGGUGCAACAGGAGCGGCGCACACAGCAGCAACUGCACUUGCGCAUCCCGCUUCCAACGACAUUACCAUUAUUAUCUGCAAGUAUCGCUAACUGUAAGACAGUAGUUGCAGAUCCAAUCAUGUUCCUUCGAAGUCUCACCCAUGACGUUCUUCAAACAAUCCUUGAGUUUACGUCGCCACCGCGGCAGAACAAGAAUGUUAAUAAGGUGAUGACUCUUCACAGACUCUGCGUUGCUCUUGCUGCAUGCUUUUAUGAAAGUCUUUGCGACAGUGAAACUUUUAGUCCUGCCGUUAGUCAGACUAAAUUUGGUGGCAUGGAUGUUUAUGAUGGUCGCAAUUUGAAUUUUGUCUUUCGCUCUGGACAUCUUGUCUGUGUCAGUAAGCGGCGACGUAUUAGUGAAGAAACAGCAAAGAUUACCUCUGCACCGUCAAAAUGGCCAGGUGUCACCCAGCUACAGACACUUCUCGCUCAAGAAAAAGAUGAAGAUAUUCCUAAAGCUUAUAUUCAACUUUGUGAGGGUCUCCUAGCUAUCUAUAUAAGUCUGCUGGUUCAUGCACUGACCACAAACAACUGCAAUGAACUGUACCGUCUGAUGGCUCAUAAAAUUGACCAAUCAAUGUGGGCAGCUGUCUUUGGAGGCGGAGCCAAGAUACGUAAGCAACCUAAGCAGCAGCCUACGUCACUGGCAUCAUCACCAAGUCCUAACACAGGUAAUAGCAAUCAUGCAGAUAAUCGGCGCAACAGCCUGUAUAUGAGAGUGCUUGGUAGAGCAAGCCGAGGCCGUGGACCAGCGCCCAAGUCAGACGAAAAGUCUACAUAUCGUGAAAAGUUUAUACCACCUGAAAGCAGCGUCAUUGACUUCUUAAUGUUAAAGCCAUAUGUAAAAGCUAUUGAGGAGGGCAUUGGUUACGAUUCAGCUGAGAGCGAGGCAUCUGAUGAUGACGAUUACUACGACGAAUCAGAGAAAGUCAAAUCCACCUUUGACCUUGGAGAGAAAGAACAUAGUGACUUUAACUCUUACAGUUGGUGUUUAAUGCGGUUUGUUAUAGUUCAGCUGACGUUGGACAAGAUGGAGAAAUUCCUGCCUGUUGGUGGCAUUGAGCUUGCUGAAUUACCUGUUUCAUCGCCGUUACUUCACUCGAUUCUUAAGUUACUUGAACAGUGGAUUCAAGCAUUAGAGUACAAGUUGGAACUUUUCUCUGGCCCGCCAGAUGACUAUAUACCAGAUUGUAUGGGUGUUGGUAUCAGCAACACCACUGGUCCUGCAAUACUCAAAUACAAAGCUAUCUUAGAACCUGAAAACACUCCAUUCUUGUGUGAUAAGCGUGAAGCUUUGCCGGCUAAACGUCUUUGGAACUUCCUUGUCCGUCAAGAGAAAACACAAGACACUUUUAUCAAGUAUAUAUUUAAGAAGAAAACACCGCUAGAACAGAUUGACACUACUAUGGGAACAUAUCCUGAGCAAUCAAAUAAGGAGCAACGUGUACAUGUUGGUGUCAUCCACAAGGAACCAGAAAAAAUAUCUGCAUUCUGUUUCAAUCAGGCGGACUGGAAGAAUAUAACGCAGAAUGGAAUGUACAAAAGGCUUGGUAUUUCAACUGCAUGGCAUAGAACAUCAUAUGAGGCUAGUGCUUCGGGGAUGGUAGUUUCUACACACAAAGAGAUUCUUGAGCUUGACAUAUCCAUGCUGUUAAAUCAGAAAUCAAGUCUGUGGGUUGAUGAGGAGAAUGAGGAAUCUGUACCCAAUUUGAGUAGAAGGAAUAUUUCUACUCUGUCUAACAGUUCUAGCUUAGCAACUGUUGCAGAAGAUGAGUUUCUUAUGGUUCAUCACAUGCCACCUGAGCGAAGUGCAUCUAUUCCCAAUGCUAGCACGGUGACAAACUCUCUCCUGCCUGGAUUACUAGAUGGUCCGAAUUUCCAAACUGGCCGAGGCACAAAUGUUAUUGCAAGAAGACCAACAUAUCACAUUAGACGGCUUUCAUCUCACCCGACACUUCCAUAUUAUUUAAGUGGUUCACAAGAUGGCAGCGUCUGCAUGUGGGAGUGGGGUCACUCGCAGAAGAUAUAUAUGCAUCGGCCCCCUGGACAGUUUCCAAAAGUCACGCAACUCCACUUCAAUCUUCAAGGCAACAAGUUUGGUGUUUGCGAUGACAGUGGACAGCUUUGUCUUUGGCAGGUCGGAAUGAAUUCACCAUCAAUCACCAAACCCUUCCUUACCCUCCAGUGUCAUAGUAAAACAGUGUCUGACUUCACAUUUAUGGGCUCCUGCAGUCUUCUAGCAACUGCAGGGUGGUCAUCUGACAACAAGAAUAUUAGUUUGUGGGACACUUUGAUGCCAAAGGACAAAGCUUGUAUACAUGCAUUUAGUUGUCAUGAGGGAGGUUGCCCAUCUAUAAUCUACUGUCCCAAUCAACAAGUUCUUAUCUCUGGUAACAAGAAAGGGGAGGUUGCAAUUUUUGACAUACGACAACGAAAGCUACGGCAUUCCUUCACUGCUCACGACUCAGCUAUCAAAUGUAUUGCAGUUGAUCCCGCUGAAGAUUUCUUCCUAACUGGUUCUGCCGAGGGCAACAUCAAGUACGAACAUUUUUGUGUAGGAAUUGAUUGUGUCUUAAGUUCAUUAGUGGUGUGGAUUGGCCCUCAUGCAAGGGGAUUUGACUCCGGUGGCUUGCCAAGCUUGAUAGAAACGUUGUCAUAA